UUUCAAACGUGAACUUUUCCCCGGAACAACUUGAUGAGUGUAUUUGCGUCCUCGAAUGAGGUGAAACUGUCAAAAUCAUGUCCAGUUCUAAGAGGAUAACGCUCAUAUUUGGAGGCUUUGUUGCAGCUGUUGCUGCGGCUUUUUAUCCUAUAUUUUUUCAUCCUCUCACUCACUCUGAAGACUACAAGCAAAUGCAGAAGGUGAACCGAGCUGGAGUCAAUCAAGCAGACAUACAGCCUGUUGGUGUGAAGGUCUGGUCUGAUCCCUACAAGCCCAAAUCAUGACUCCAGUGAUAAACAUAUGGAUGAAAAGGACAGAUGUGUCCCUCAUGGAGGACUGAGUAUUCGAGACGAAACGACCAUGCAUCAAUUAAGGAUGGGUGAAUCUUCUUUAUUGAGUGUGUUUUGUGGGAAUGAUUAACGAGAAUGACUUGUCAACAAACUAAAAAUGUAUAGCAUUUAAAUAUAUGGUGAUUGACUUUUGUCAUUUGUACUCAUUAGAUGUAUUUAUCGAGUAUCUUUGUUUUGACAUUAUUAUUCUAAAUAAAAUGCAAAUCUUGAA